CGUGCAGGCACCCGGGGAAACAUCUUCCAACAACCCCCACGAACACCGAAUACCGACAUUUAUCGAAGCUAGCUUCCCCCACAAUGGGAUUGCAGGACCCAUGCAUCUCGGCUCUUUCCGACGACGUGCGCGCCUGCGCCGGACCUGGCUGCGGCUGGCCAUCCUCAUAGCUGUUGUGGCACUGUACGUGGACUACGUGAGAUUGGUUGUUGUCAACUACCCGCUUUCGCGGGUAUCACCCUCGGCAGCGUCUAAGGAUGGCUCUGGGUCGAAGAAGGAACGAUUUUUCAUUGCGAGCAUGCAUUGGAAUAACGAGCAAAUCAUACGAUCACACUGGAGCUCAGCGGUGUUGGAUCUGGUGAAGCACUUUGGCGCGGAAAAUGUUUAUAUAUCCGUCGCGGAGAGUGGAAGUUGGGAUAAUACGAAGGGCGCCCUGAGAGAUCUUGACGCUGAGCUGGGGAAGCUGGGUGUGGAGAGGAACAUCGAGCUGAAGGACAUCACGCAUAAAGAUGAGAUUGAGCGUACACCGGGCCCCGACGAAGCAGGGUGGAUACAGACGAGCAGAGGGAAGAAGGAGUUGCGGCGGAUACCAUACUUGGCUGAGAUACGGAAUAAUGUGAUGGCGAAGCUGCAGGAUCUUGCUGAGGGGAAAGAUGGGCGAGAGCCCAGAGAGUUUGACAAGGUUAUAUGGCUGAACGAUGUAGUCUUCACGACCGAAGACGUUACGACUUUGAUUGCGACCCGAGACGGCGACUACGCAGCAGCUUGCUCGAUGGACUUCUCCAAACCACCCCAAUUCUACGACACCUUUGCCCUCCGCGAUGUCUCAGGAGAAGAAGCGGCCACCCAGACGUGGCCCUUCUUCCUCGCUAGAGCGUCACGAAAUGCUAUGAUCACGAAUACCCCAGUACCUGUGAAAUCGUGCUGGAAUGGCAUUGUGAUCUUCCAGGCAGAACCAUUCUACGGAAACAAAGCACUAAGCUUCCGAGGAAUACCAGAUAGUCUCGCCCUUCGCCAUCUGGAAGGGUCCGAAUGCUGCCUCAUCCACGCGGAUAACCGGCUCACUCGGCUCCAUGGCGUCUGGCUCAAUCCGAACGUGAGGGUCUCAUACAAUCCCGAAUCCGACAAGAUCGUACGCGCAGAAACUGGGCUUUGGCCGACAAAGAAGGAGAAGUUUGUGGGAAUAUGGAUGAAUAGAUUUGCUCGGUUGGUGGGGAUUAUACCGCGGUACAUACAAGAAUAUAGGGUGGGCAAGAGGAUGAAGUUAUGGGGAUACGAGACACGGGACGAGGCGCACGGGGAAAUCCCGGGAGCGUGGUCGCACUGCUUGAUAAACGAGAUGCAGGUCUUGGUGCAGAAUGGAUGGAAGCACUUGUAAUGUAUGGAAUGCUGGGCUAUGAACUAGGUGGUAUUGUCUCGGAUUCUGGUGCACAAUGGGUUGAAGCACUUGUAGAUAUAUUUGCGGAUAUGAGCUGCCAAGCUAUCAAGCAAACGAUAAUUGCCUCGGAUUUCUUGUGCACAACGGAUUAAAGCAGUUGUACGUAUAUUAUGUAGCAUGAAAUGAAUAUUGAAUCUUCGGCC